GCGCACGGCACGGAGCUGGACGCCCCAGGUCCGGGUCCCGCUCGGGGUCCUGGCGAGCACGGCGCCCCAGCCGCGGGCCAGGGUCGCUGGGCUCGGGCGGCGCCGGUGGCUGGAGUGGCUUCCCCAGCGCAAGUCUCGCUCAUCAGCACGUCGUUCGUGCUCAAGGGGGACGCGACACACAAUCAGGCGAUGGUGCACUGGACGGGCGAGAACAGCAGCGUGAUCUUGAUCCUGACGAAGUAUUACCAUGCCGACAUGGGGAAGGUUCUGGAAAGUUCUCUGUGGCGGUCGUCAGAUUUCGGGACCUCCUACAGCAAGCUCACCCUGCAGCCCGGCAUCACCACCGUCAUCGACAACUUCUACAUUUGCCCCACCAACAAGAGAAAGAUCAUCCUCGUGAGCUCCUCCCUCAGUGACCGCGACCAGAGCCUCUUCCUCAGCACGGACGAGGGGGCCACCUUUCAGAAGCAGCUCAUCCCCUUCUUUGUGGAAACUCUGAUUUUUCACCCCAAGGAGGAGGACAAGGUCCUGGCCUACAGCAAGGACAGCAAGCUCUACGUGUCAUCGGAUUUGGGGAAGAAGUGGACGCUGCUGCGGGAGCGAGUGACCAAAGACCACGUGUUCUGGGCUGUGUCUGGGGUGGACGCUGACCCUGACUUGGUCCACGUGGAAGCCCAGGACCUCAGUGGAGGCUUUCGGUAUGUCACCUGCCAGAUCCACAACUGCUCCGAUAAGACGCUGGCAGCCCCGUUUGCAGGCCCCGUUGACCACAGCUCUCUGACCGUGCAGGACGAUUACAUCUUCUUUAAGGCAACCUCAACCAACAGGACCAAAUACUAUGUCUCUUAUCGUCGUAAUGAAUUUGUCCUGAUGAGACUGCCGAAGUAUGCAUUGCCAAAGGACCUGCAGAUCAUCAGCACAGACGAGAGCCAGGUGUUCGUGGCGGUGCAGGAGUGGUACCAGGUGGACACCUACAACCUGUACCAGUCGGACCCGCGCGGCGUGCACUACGCCCUGGUUCUGGAGGACGUGCGCAGCUCGCGGCAGGCCGAGGAGAGCGUGGUCAUCGACAUCCUCGAGGUCAGAGGGGUGAAAGGAGUCUUCUUAGCAAACCAGAAGAUCGAUGGGAAGGUGACGACGCGCAUCACCUACAACAAGGGCCGCGACUGGGAUUACCUGAGGCCGCCCAGCGCGGACAUGAACGGGAAGCCGACUGACUGUAAGCCUCCGGACUGCCACCUGCACCUGCACCUGCGCUGGGCAGACAACCCCUAUGUCUCGGGUACUGUGCACACCAAGGACACUGCCCCAGGCCUCAUUAUGGGUGCAGGGAACCUGGGCUCUCAGCUGGUGGAGUAUAAGGAAGAGAUGUACAUCACGUCGGACUGCGGCCACACCUGGCGGCAGGUGUUCGAGGAGGAGCACCACAUCCUGUACCUGGACCACGGCGGCGUGAUCGUGGCCAUCAAAGACACCUCCAUCCCCCUGAAGAUUCUCAAGUUCAGUGUGGACGAGGGCCUCACCUGGAGCACUCACAACUUCACCAGCACCUCGGUGUUCGUGGACGGGCUUCUGAGCGAGCCGGGGGACGAGACGCUGGUCAUGACGGUCUUCGGCCACAUCAGCUUCCGCUCUGACUGGGAGCUUGUCAAGGUGGACUUCCGGCCCUCCUUCUCCAGGCAGUGCAGCGAGGAAGACUACAGCUCCUGGGACCUCACCAACCUCCAGGGUGACCACUGCAUCAUGGGCCAGCAGAGAAGCUUCCGGAAGAGGAAGUCCACGUCCUGGUGUGUUAAGGGGAGGAGCUUCACGUCAGCACUCACAUCUCGUGUGUGUGAGUGCCGGGACUCAGACUUCCUCUGUGACUACGGGUUUGAGCGCACGUCCUCAGAGUCUGCUGCCGGCAAGUGCUCCGCCAACUUCUGGUACAACCCGCUGUCCCCUCCCGACGACUGUGCGCUGGGCCAGACCUACACCAGCAGCCUCGGGUACCGGAAGGUGGUGUCCAACGUGUGUGAAGGCGGUGUGGACCUGCGGCAGAGCCCAGUGCAGCUCCAGUGUCCCCUGACGCCUCCCCGGGGCCUGCAGAUCAGCAUCCAGGGCGAGGCGGUGGCCGUGCGUCCUGGGGAGGACGUCCUGUUUGUGGUGCGGCAGGAGCAGGGUGAUGUCCUGACCACCAAGUACCAGGUGGAUCUUGGAGAUGGCUUCAAAGCCAUGUAUGUGAACCUCACGCUGACUGGGGAGCCCAUCCGGCAUCGCUACGAGAGCCCCGGAGUCUACCGCGUGUCUGUCAGGGCAGAGAACAUGGCAGGGCAUGACGAGGCGGUGCUCUUUGUCCAGGUCAACUCCCCCCUGCAGGCCCUCUACCUGGAAGUGGUACCAGUCAUUGGCAUCAACCAGGAGGUGAACCUCACAGCUGUGCUACUUCCCCUGAACCCCAACCUCACUGUCUUCUACUGGUGGAUCGGCCACAGCCUGCAGCCCCUCCUGUCCCUGGACAACUCUGUGACCACGCAAUUUGCAGACCCAGGGGCUGUGCGUGUGACGGUGCAGGCCGCCUGUGGGAGCUCGGUGCUGCAGGACUCCAGGGUCAUCCGUGUGCUGGAUCAGUUCCAGGUCGUGCCUCUGCAGUUCUCCAAGGAGCUGGACACCUACAACCCCAACACCCCCGACUGGAGGGAGGACGUCGGCCUGGUGGUCACCCGGCUCCUCUCCAAGGAGACCAGCGUCCCUGAGGAACUCCUGGUGACAGUGGUGAAACCAGGGCUGCCCACCCUGGCUGACCUCUAUGUGCUCCUGCCCCCACCCAGGCCCACAAGGAAGAGGAGUCUCACAAGUGACAAGAGGCUCAUGGCCAUCCAGCAGGUACUGAACUCACAGAAGAUCAGCUUCCUCCUGCGAGGUGGGGUCCGGGUCCUCGUGGGCCUGAGGGACUCAGACACAGAUUCGCAGAGGCCAGGAGCAGGCGGCGGCUACUGGGCCGUGGUGGUCCUCUUUGUCAUCGGGCUAUUUGCAGUGGGAGCAUUCAUUCUCUACAAGUUCAAAAGGAAACGCCCCGGCAGGACGGUGUAUGCCCAGAUGCACAACGAGAAGGAGCAGGAAAUGACGAGCCCCGUCAGCCACAGCGAGGACGUCCAGAGCGUCAUCCAGGGUGAGGAGUUUAUAGAUGAUGACCUCGACUCGCAGACUCUAGGCAACCACUCUGGCGUGGUCCUGAGCAUCAAUUCCCGCGAGAUGCACAGUUACCUGGUGAGCUGAUGCCGCCUGAGGCCUGUGCCCGGAACACUCUCCUUUCCGUUGUCUCACCCUCAUGGAGGGCAAAGGACCACAGCGAAGCCGGCCGCUGGAACGACAUCCCCUCAGAGACCUGUGAAAAAGCCACCUCCUCCAUCUGGCCCCGCACAAGGGGACAGACACUCCCUCAGUUCUGUCCAAGCCUGCCUGGGCUCAGGGAUGCUGACUCCUGCCCCUCCCGCCUGGUGCCGCUACUGUCCCGCCCCAACUCAGGGCACGUCUCUGACCCUGGACCCCACACACGCCACCCUGGCCACUCCACACCCUGCUGUCUCAGUCCAAGGCCUGCCUGCACCCAGUGAGGCUGGCCUGUCUCCUUCCGAGCCUAGGGGUGAGCCUGCCCAGCUGCCCAAAGCUCCAAGAACUGCAGAGCUGGUGGAGCCUGCACUGGGGGCUCCUGUCUCUAGGAGAGCCUGAGUCCCUGCUGCUUUCCUCCUCCUCCUCCUGUGCUCCUGCCUGCAAGGGAGACCCUCGCCCUCCAGCAUCCUGAAAGCCCGAGAGCCAGGCCCUCCCAACCCACCCUCCAGGCUCCUGUGCUCCCCUUCUUUUUAAACUGCAGAUAAUGUAAAUACCUCUCUAGGAAGCUGUUUGCAUUGGGGGGAGGGGGUGUUUAACGUCCUAUUUUUAUGGCCCCACAGUAGCCAUCUGGGUUGCUUUGUCCAAGCCCCUUUUCCACCAUGCCCGGGGCUCCUCUUCCAGGGCCCAGAGGUCAAGUGUUCUUCUCGGUUUUCCCUGGGGGAACCUGGGGUGGGGAGUCACAGGAAGGCAUCCUGUGCCUGCAAUUCCUUACUCCUGCCAGCAGGCAGCGCCCUCCACAGGCUGCUCCUCUCCCCAGCGGAGAGCAGGUUCCGGAAGGAGCCGGCACCCCCAGGAAGGCAGGUGGUGGGAACGGGCAUGAGAUGCACCCAGUUCCCUGCACCUCCUGAGAGCCUGAGGGACCUGUGUAGAAACCAAGCCAGGAGAGGGUUAGGAUGACAGAGCAGGACAGGCCAAGAGAGUGCCCCUCAUUUCGAAGAUGGAAAACUGAGGCCCAGAGAGGGGCGCUUUCCCAAGGUACAGCACGGCAGCAGAGGUGGCCCCAGAACCAGCCUCCAUCCCCAGGGCAGUGCGGUCUGCACUUACAGCUGCCUAUAAUCAGGGAUGCUAGCCUCAGUCUACACAUGGGGGUUGGGGGUGGGGGGCCUUCACCUUUUGCCUUGAAACAGGAAGUCAAUGUCCUCCUCUCCAACAUCCCCUCCCUCCGGCCCGACUCUUAGGUGGCCCUGGCCUUUCUCAGAGGUGGGGAACUGGAGAAGGCCAAGCCCAGGCUAGUAACUCGCUGGCCAAGGCAAGUCCAAGCAAAGCCAGACAACCUCCUGUGCCCUGUGCCAGGCUCUGGGGGUGGUAACCCAUAGUCUCUAGAAAAGAGACAUGGCCCCUUAAAGGAGGCCUAGAGGCGACUCCUCGUGCCCAGAAUAGUUCCCAGCACACGGGAGGCGCCCAGUCUUUAAGUAGGCGACCCAUGGAGCUCAGCCUUCUUGACACAGGUGGAGACUCAAAGAUCAGCCACACCCAGGCACCCAGCUCGACCCACAUCUCUCUGCCCACUGACUAGGGCUCCUGAACCACCCCUUCCCGAGGUUGUCCUGCGAGUUGUCCCCAAGGUUGUCCUUGGGGAAGGGCUGUGGACAGGGGACCCGAGGUUGUGCAGCUGGCAAGCCCAGUGAAUCUCUGGGACCUUGGCAGAGACCCACAUCCUGCUGCCACCCUACACACAGCACCUGUCUCAUCUCUGCCUGCCCACAAGCGUCAGACCCGGGUCCGACGUCGCCAGCAGUCAGGCCUGCCCGGAAGCCCUGGACAGAGUCCUCCCCGUUCAGCUCACCAGUGCCUACGGGUAACCAGCUGUAGGUCUCUGACCUUCCUCCACCACUCAGUUUAGUUCGGCUGUUUGGGUAGGGUUUUUUCCCUUAGUUAUUUGUGGAUUUUUUUUUUUUUUAUGUUAUUACUUCUGAGAUAUUUUGGUUGUGUGGGCCCAAGAACCUGGGAGCAAGGUGGCAGUUGACAUAACCUCAUACACUCCCGUCUCUGUGACUGUAGAGACCGACACGCAGGCCUAUGGGCUACCCGGUUGUGAACAUGAGGUUCCGCGUCUCUGGCCUGUGGGUGUACGUGGAGGCCCCUGGCGAUAGAUGCCAUUGGCUCUCAGCCUCGAACGUCCCGUUCACUGGGUCAUGCACGUGGUUGGUAUAUGCACAUAACAAAGAGGCCGUGCGUUCUUUCUUAUUUUUCCUUUUUAAAAAUCAAUAAAUCAUUUGUGAUGCUUUUAACAAAGA